UCUAAGAUAUCAUCCUUACCCGAGCAGGUACUACACAAUCUAGCACAUUCUCUUCUCUUCCAUUCUCUCCCACCAUUGAUUGGAGUCAUCAUCUUCUUGACACAAGAAGUGGUCUGAGUCAAAACUAAAAUCAGACAAUGGACCACUCAGCAGAUCGAACAACUUUUAAGCGUCACUCGUCGCUUUCUACACUUGUGGCUCAUUUCUUUGGCAUCUUAGCCGUUAUUCUAAUGCUCAUAUGGCUUCUUCAUUACCGUGAAGGUAUUGAGUAUGGCUCCGACAAUCCCCUUAAGGUUUUAAAUGUGCAUCCAUUUCUCAUGUACUGUGGUUUUCUCUUCCUCGUGGGCCAAGCGAUGAUGAUGUACAAAACGGCGUAUGCCUCGCACCAAGUACAGAAAAUGGUUCACGGUGGACUUCACUUAAUAGGAUUAGUUCUAGGUAUUGUCGGAAUCUGCGCCGCCUUUAGAUUCCACGAUAAAUUAAACCUUAAAAACAUGGUCUCUCUUCACUCCUGGAUCGGUCUCACCACUUUCAUCCUCCUCGGCCUCCAGUGGCUGCUCGGGGCGUUCACAUUCCUUGCGCCACAAUCUUCAUCAGGGACAAGAACGAGGAUGAUGCCGUCGCACGUCUUAGGUGGUCGAGCUCUACUUUAUAUGGGUAUUGUCGCAGCACUUACAGGACUCGCGCAGAGAGCCACGAUGCUUGGUCAGAGCACAAACGCUGAGUCACGCCUCAUUAACUUCACCGGUUUAGCUAUUCUACUCUUUGGCGUUUCAGUCGACUUCUCCGUCGCUCUUGGCCGUUAUAAUUGAUGGAUUCCUCUAUUAAUUAGUCUACCGUUUAAUAAAUCUUUCUUUAUUGUAUCAUUCAAUGAAUUAUUGCUCGUUUGUGCUGGUGUGAAAAUGUGGUUGGUGUGAUAUCUGAUUGGGCCCUGAGAGUUGAUUACUUGAUAUUUGAUUCUUUUUACUUUUUGUAUGUUUUUUGUUGAUAACUUGAUAUUGUUUAUCUUUGAUGCUUACGAAAAAAGCUAUUAUUUGCAUA